AUGGUAACAAACAGUCUAAGAGGCAACCGUUGGAUCUGGUUUGUCUUGGUCAUUCUUUUCUUGGUAGCAUUAGCUAUUUGUGGCAUGAUUGUGUUAUCAUUAAUUCCAAUUUUUCUACCGGAUUCAAGUUCAGAUCCUGUAGAGCAGUACGAAUCAAUUACGGUUAUAUAUGACCUGCCAAAUAGAUUGGACAAUGAACUAAUUAAUAUUCGUCAUGAUCAACUUAACGAUGUUCAAAACAUGGUAUUCGAGCAGCUGUUGAACACAAUACUUGCAAAUGACCGACACACGCAAAAUGUUCAGCUAAGUACUGUUAAAGGAAUUACCAACGGCACUGAUCAACAGCAAAAGACUGAAAAUAUUACAUUGGAAAAAUAUGCUGUGGUAGUAAAGAAAAAUGCAAUCCAUGCUCUUCCACAGAGUGUACUGGCAACUAAAAGUUUGGUACGCUUGGUGAGAGGUAUAAGUGGUCAACCGAAAGAUACCACGAGUCAGCUUUAUCUCAGUGGUGUAUUGAUUUUUCUUAAUGGCUGUUCAAGAAGUUGUCGACUCAAAAUCCUUGGUUACAUGCAAAACGAAUUAUUGCUGAAUAUUGAUGUUGAAAGAGAAACUUAUAUGCAAAUCUUCAGGGUUGCUAACACCACUACAUUCACAACAUCAGGCGAAGCAACAACUAAAAUAAUGAUGAACACAACAACCACAGCUACUUCUACAACUCUAGUGACAACAUCACCAAAUAAAUCGUCGUAUUUUCUAUCAGAAGCCGAUAUUACUCUGUUAAAUGUGGAUGAAAAUCAAUUUAAUGAAUUAAAUAAAACAAUAGUCUUACAACUAUCGUCUCCCAUACUCGAUACAAACAAUUAUACAGUAUUUGCCAAUGAAAACAAUAUCGUUAAUAAUACAAAUACUACAAGCAGUAUCACGAUCUUUGAGCAAUUUGCAGCUGACUACGUAUUAAUUUCUCUGUUCGCCAUAGACAUAAACGGAUUUCCAAUAUUUGCGUCAUUCGAUUUAUAUUUUGGUAGUAUUUCAAUGCCAGUUCGAGUCGUGUUUUCGAAUGGAACAGCUGCUGCAGGUGUGACUGUAACUGCAAAUCUCACUGACUCUCCCCGCGUAAGCCAAGCUGGAGUUACAGAUGGAAAUGGUUCGAUUACUUUCAAAAAUGUGCCACUGCGGACGAUUUCUCUGCUUGCUCGUACAAAAGACAACUUAAUCGGCUUCACGGGAGUGGCAGCUUCAACAAAGAUAACUACAAUCGUUCUGAGUUCAACUGACAACGCUGAUACUUUAACUAAGAGUGUUAUUUUCGAUAAGUAUCAACGGGAGAUAAUGAUCAAUGCAAGUGUAUACAAUUCAAAACAAGGUUACAGCAGCAAAUUUAGCGUACCAGGUUUUACAAUCACGACAGCCGGUGAAGGGCUCACUAGCACUUUCAGACAAUUUAUGACCGACGCGAAUAGUACUAAAAUUUAUGUUCGCUAUAAAUUCGUAACUUCAGAAGUGCCAGGUGGUUACUUCGGAUCGAGAUACAAUGAUUAUUACAGCGUUAGUAUUCGCUCUGAAAGUGGACAGUUUGAGAGUAUCUCUCAAAGUAUGAAUGCACUGGGUCUUGGAGCGUUUGAUUACGCAUCGGGUGCCACGGAUUGGCUUGUGCUAGCGCUCUCGUUGAGCGGGAAACCAGAACUAAUACGUAUUGAUGUAGGUGUGGCCAAUGUUGGAGAUAGUGCGUUUCAGUCUUCUGUGGUUGUGGAUCAAAUCAGUGUCGACAAAUACGAAAAGUGCGAUGACUGCGUGAAAUGUAAAUCAGAUCCAAUGUGUGAAAAUACUUGCAAUAAUCCUCCAAUAAAAAGUUGUAAUUUUUAUACCAACUGCAUGGAAAAGAAAGUCAGCUGCGGACCGGAUGGAUACGCCAUCGGGUAUGGAUCGAAAUUUUGUAAUAAAUUUGCUCACAAUCUGGCAACCUUCACGAGUAGUGGAGUGACAUGGGUGUACACAACGAUGAAUUGUCUACAAAAGGCCCUAGUCUCACCUCUAAAAAAUUGUGAAGACAACUGUCAAGUAUUAAGACAAAUUGCAUUUGACUCACAUCCAUCAUGUUACAACUUGGCACCAGGAGUGUGUAGUUUACGUUUUUCUGAUUGGGCUGCGAUAUUUAGCAUAGUGGGCAAUGACUUAUUUACAUUGGAAGGCCUGACUCAAGCUACGAAAACAAUACCCGGUUGCUCAUCAAGUUCAUCUCGAUUCAAUCAACAGCAAAUUCAACUUCAAACAACACAACAUUGA